CGCGGCGGCCGCGUCACGGCGGGGGGUGCGCGGGCGCCGCCGCCGCCGCCAUGAACAGCGUGGGCGAGGCCUGCACGGAGCUGAAGCGCGAGUACGACCAGUGCUUCAACCGCUGGUUCGCCGAGACCUUCCUCAAGGGCGAGCGCGCCGCCGACCCCUGCGGGCAGCUCUUCCGCCGCUACCAGCUCUGCGUGCAGAAAGCAAUCAAGGAGAAGGACAUACCCAUUGAAGGUCUGGAAUUCAUGGGCCCGAGCAAAGGAAAAACUGAAAACUCCUCUUGACCUCUGCUGUACGUCUGCUGUCACUAAUGUGAACCUCCAGACUGAGAAGCGUAACCAGACAAGACUAGGUGCCACCUGGAAAAGGCCUCGGUUAAGCUGCUUUCUCUAUGUAGCCUUUUAGGAAACAAAUACUCUCCUCUGCUUGCAGAGAGGGGGGAAAAAGGGUCACGUGGUAAUUACUGCCUCCUUUUCAAUGAAUGUUGGUGGUGGUUCAGUCUCUAACAGCUUGAAAACCCUUUUUAACUAACUUCCCGUGUGAAUGUACUCUAUAAUGGGAGAAUACUUAUUAGGAUGGGUUGAUCUGUGACCAAUUUCUCUUGCUUAUUUAUAUAUCACUUGAAAGCAUUUAAAAAGCCUAUGAAGGGAAUUGGUUUACUUUGUCUCAUCUCUGUGCUGCUGAAUUUUGGAGGAAGGAGUUUGAUACGAUCCUGAAUGCUGAGGGGCUACUGUGUUGUACUGUGUCAAUGCCAGAGGUGUUACAAAAGCACUUAUGCUGGAUGUGCAAUAACUUAGCUGAAAUAAAUAUAACCAGGCUGUA